AUGGCCCUCAGAUGUUUAACUUCUCGUAUCUGUCGUCGAGUUCUACUUGGAUCACGAAUUCCUUGUCGCCAAAUGUCCGCUUAUUAUCCCAUAAAUAACGAUCUUUUCGGACUCAGUGAUGAACAGAAACAGCUCAGAGAAGUUGUUUUCCAGUUUGCCCAGAAAGAACUUGCACCAAAGGCUAAAGAAAUUGACCAUAAUAAUAACUUUCCUGGCUUGAGGGAUUUCUUUUUAAAGUGCGGAGAGAUGGGAUUACUUGGAAUAACUGCCCCUAGUGAGUAUGGUGGUUCUGAAGGUCUCUACCUUGAUCACUGCCUUAUUAUGGAGGAGAUGUCAAGAGCGUCAGGUGCAAUAGCCCUCAGCUAUGGAGCCCAUUCUAAUCUUUGUGUCAACCAGAUUGUGCGGCAUGGAACGGAAGAACAAAAGAAAAAAUAUCUUCCAAAGUUGAUAUCUGGUGAAUUUAUUGGAGCGUUGGCUAUGAGUGAACCUGGCAGUGGUUCUGAUGUGGUUUCCAUGAAGACAAAAGCUGUAUUUAAAGGUGACCAUUACGAACUGACAGGAAAUAAAUUCUGGAUUACCAAUGGACCGGAUGCAGAUGUAUUGGUGGUUUAUGCCAAAACAGAUUAUGAUAAUCCUGAAGCCAAACAUGGAAUAAGUGCAUUUUUAAUUGAAAAGGGUAUGGAGGGUUUCAACACUGGACCCAAACUUGACAAACUUGGAAUGCGUGGAUCAAAUACAUGUGAAUUAAUCUUUGAAAAUUGCAAAGUUCCAGCUGAAAAUAUGCUGGGAGAACUUAACAAAGGUGUCUAUGUUUUAAUGAGUGGGCUUGACAUUGAACGAUUAGUGCUGGCUGCUGGGCCUGUUGGUUUGAUGCAAGCAGCUUGUGAUAUUUCAUUUGAGUAUGCUCAUAUUCGAGAACAAUUUGGCACUAAAAUUGGACACUACCAAAUGCUACAAUCCAAAAUGGCUGACAUGUAUUGUUCAUUGAAUGCUUGUCGAUCGUACUUAUACAGUGUAGCACAAUCUUUAGACAAAGGAAACCGUGCAGCUAACGAUUGUGCAGGGGUGAUUCUUUAUUGUGCAGAAGCAGGGACAAAAGUCGCACUAGACGCUAUCCAAAUACUUGGUGGAAAUGGUUAUAUCAAUGAUUAUCCAACUGGGCGGCUAUUGAGAGAUGCUAAGCUUUAUGAAAUUGGUGCUGGUACCAAAGUUUAUCUAUCUAUCUAUCUAUCUAUCUAUCUAUCUAUCUAUCUAUCUAUCUCAGUCUGUUCAUUUCUCUCUCUUUCUCUCUCUCCCUCUCCACCUCUCUCUCUCUCUCUCUCUGUCUCUCUCUCUCUCUCUAUAUAUAUAUAUUGA